UAUAGUAAACUAAGAGCUAUUUAUAAGGGCGGAGCGGAGGAGGAAUUUACUAGUGUACGAGACUAUCGAACCUUUAAAAGUAACGAUAAGGGUAACGAAGGUGAAGCGAUAGCCUUAUCGCUAUUUAAUCCUAAUCCACCUGAUAUCGGGUAUAAGGAUCUUCGAUAG